UAGGGAGUGAGGCAUUUCGGUAACUGUAGUUUCUGGAGGGAAGUAGCGUCUUGACUUCCCUGAUCGUGGUUCAGUGCACGGUGAGGAGAUGAACGGGAAGCGGCCCGCGGAUCCUGGCCCAGCGCGGCCAAUGAAGAAGGGAAAGAAGCAGGUGGCAGCGGAGUUUUCGGACGCUGUCACGGAAGAAACAGUGAGGAAGCAGGUGGCUGAAGCCUGGAACCACCGGACGCCCUUCAGCCAUGAAGCUAUUGUCUUGGACAUGGAUCCUUUUCUUCACUGUGUAAUCCCAAACUUCAUCCAAAGCCAAGACUUCCUGGAAGGACUUCAGAAGGAGCUUUUGAGCCUGGACUUCCAUGAAAAGUACAAUGAUUUGUAUAAGUUCCAGCAGUCUGAUGAUUUGAAGAAGAGCAAAGAGCCUCAUAUCUCAGCUUUAAGGAAACUUAUGUUUGAAGAUUUUCGGGACUGGCUUUCUAAGGUUUCCAGCAUUGACCUAGAACCAACCAUUGACAUGUCCUGUGCCAAAUACGAGUUCACUGAUGCUCUGCUCUGCCAUGACGAUGAGCUGGAGGGGCGCCGGAUUGCCUUCAUUCUCUACCUGGUUCCUUCCUGGGACAGGAACUUGGGGGGCACCCUGGACCUUUACGACACUGAUGAACACUUGCAGCCAAAGCAGAUUGUCAAGUCUCUUAUCCCUUCGUGGAACAAACUGGUUUUCUUUGAAGUAUCUCCAGUAUCCUUUCACCAGGUGUCUGAAGUCCUGUCUGAAGAAACAUCACGUUUAUCCAUAAGUGGCUGGUUUCAUGGUCCUCCGUUAACCAGGCCUCCCACCUACUUUGAGCCCCUGAUCCCUCGAAACCCUCAUAUCCCACAAGACCAUGAAAUUUUGUAUGAGUGGAUCAACCCUGCUUAUCUGGAAAUGGAUUACCAAAUGCAAAUCCAAGAAGAGUUUGAGGAAAGGUCUGAAAUUCUCCUGAAGGAGUUUCUUAAGCCCGAGAAAUUUGCGAAGGUCUGUGAAGCCUUAGAGAAAGGAGAUGUGGAAUGGAGUAGCCGUGGCCCCCCAAACAAAAGGUUUUAUGAGAAAGCGGAAGAAAGUAACCUCCCUGAUAUACUGAAGGAGUGCAUGGGCUUGUUUCGCUCCGAGGCCCUGUUCUUGCUGCUCUCCAACUUCACUGGCCUGAAGCUCCACUUCUUGGCUCCAUCAGAGGAUGAUGAGGGUGAGGACAAAGGAGAGGGGGAAGCAGCCUGUGCUGCCGAUAGCACCGAAGAAGGGACUAGCCAAAGCCCCUCGGCGCCUGAGAAUAAUCAGGCAGCUGUUGGCAGCCACAGUCCAGAGAGUGGUGAACAGGCAGACCUGGAACCACAGGAAGAUGAAGCAAAGAAAGAGUCAGGUGUUCCCAUGUGCCAGGGGGAGCUGAGGCAUUGGAAGACUGGUCACUACACAUUGGUCCACGACAACAGCAAGACUGAAUUUGCCCUGGACCUGUUCCUGUACUGUGGCUGUGAAGGCUGGGAGCCAGAAUAUGGCGGCUUUACUUCCUACAUUGCCAAGGGUGAAGAUGAAGAGCUGCUCAUAGUGAAUCCAGAAAACAAUUCUUUGGCAUUGGUCUACAGAGACAGAGAAACUCUGAAAUUUGUGAAGCACAUUAACCACCGAAGCCUAGAGCAAAAGAAAACCUUCCCAAACAGAAGUGGUUUCUGGGACUUCGCCUUCGUCUAUUAUGAGUAACAGGGGUGGGCAAAGCCAACUAGCAUUCACUUCAUCGUGCUGGGAAACCUGGAGUCUUCGUGGAGUGAAGGAAAGCAUGCAGGCUAAGGGUGUCCUCCAAAGGGGCUGUCCUUCCUGGCUGUGCUGUGCAUGCAAACUGUAACGCCAACCUUAGGAGGCAGAGGAUGGAGGGAAUCUCCAGUUCCCAGGUCAGUGCGGUCUAUACAGUGAGACCCUGUCCCAAAACAAAACAAAUCUUGGUCAUCCUUUUAUGGAACUCAACCUAGAUAUCAGCCUCCAGCUAUGGACUUGUCUCUUGAUUCUUUUAACCCCCAUCUCUCUCUCACACACACAUACACACAUACAUACACACACACACGCACACACUCAAUUCUUUUGGUUCUAUAGUGACUGCCUCAGCAACUUCUAACUUUGGUGACUUUUUAUUUAUUGUGGUAAAAUAUAUGUAACAUAAAAUUUAGCAGGAUAACUUUUAUUUUUUGGUUUGAGGGUUUUGUUUUGACAAGGUUUUACUGUGUAGCCCAGGCUAGCUCUGAACUACUGACCCUUCCACCUCAGCCUCCAAGUUCUGGUACCAUAGGCAUGAGCCACCACCCCCACCAGUGCUUGCAUGUACAGGUCGGUGGAAUCGAGCACAUUGGCUGUGCUCCAAAGCAUCCAUCACUGCCAUCCGUAUCCAAAGUGAAACUCCGUGCCUUGUGAAUAGUCAGCCUCACUCGCUACUGCCUCUUCUCUCUUGACUGUUUGCCUCAUAAGUGAAUCAUAAAGUAUUUAUCCCUUCAUAAUUGGCUUGCUUCAUUUAGCACAAAGUCCUCAAGGUUCAACAGUCUUCCCAGUGAUUUUUCUUUUUCACUUCUGUGUGGUUGUAGGAGCAUGUGUAGUCCAGUUUAUGCUGAGUCUGAGAGCUAUGAUGGUUUGAGUCAUCACACUGCUCCCCACUGUGGCCUGAGUUCCACCCUGGCUCUCAGGACUGUUUACUCACGUGGGUAUUGUUGUUUCGUUGGGAAAGGUCUGGCUGAAAACUACCAUGGCCCUGGGAAUUAUGUGGCUGAGAACGAGGACAGGCUGCUUACUACCCUAUGUAUUUACUCACAGGUAUCUACCACAGUGGUUCUCAACCUGGGGUCUUGACUCUUUCACAGAGGUCAAAUAUCAGAUAUGCUGCAUAUCAGGUACUUAUAUGAUUCAUAUCAGUAGCAAAACUACAGUUAAGAAGUAGCAGUGAAAUAAUUUUAUGGCUGGGGGUCACCACAAUGAGAGGAACUGUUUUAAGGGUUUGCAGCGGUAGGACAGUUAACCGCUCAUCCACUGCCUUCCAAACCUAGAGCUGUGGCUUCUGUGAGUCUAGCCUCCCAGUGACCAUGUUCCUUAAUGCUGGAGGGCCGGAUGUAAAUGUUAUUGCCUUUUCCUUCCUUUAAAGACUACCACUAGAAAGCCGAGUCAGAGUGACAGGAAGCCCUCACUCUGCUUCCGCUCUUUCCUGCUCUGCCCUAUGGGGCUGUGACAUAGCUCUUCCCACAGUAGCGUACACACGUCCGUUUGCUGCUGUCUCGAUUUCUGUCUGUCCUUGCAGGUUUCAGUGUGGACUUUACUAAUAGGAAAAGCACUGGGCCUUUACAUUUCUCAUCCACACUUCUCUUUCGUGUCUGUCUGUUCACAAUGAUGGGCUCAGUUUGUUUGCUUUGUUCCAUUAAGUAAAACACAUUUAACAUCAUAGCCUAAUGGAUACUUACAAGUCUUAGGUGUUCUCAUAUUAAGCAUAAAAAAGUAAUUUUUAAAUAAUGAUAAGAAUAUCCAGACCUAACUUGAGGAGGCAUGAAACUUUAAUCCCAGCUCUUAGGAGGUAGAGGCAAGAUCAAGAGUUUUUCCCUCAGCUACACAGUGAGCUCAAGGCCAAGCUGGGCAAUAGUAGACCUUGUCUCAAAAUCAAAGGAAGUUCGGGGAGAGCUGCCACAUCUUUAUCCCAGCACUCAGGAGGCGGAGGUGUGAGUUUGAGACCCUGUUUCAACAAGAAAGAAAGACUAUCCAGAGUGAGUUUGAGGGCUGUCUUCCCAUGCCAGGCAGUGAUGGGCAUUCUCCAUGUACACUGCUUUGGACUCCAGCAGUAUCAACCACAGUACUGCUCAGGAAGGACUACACAUACUUUGUUGCUAAUGGUGAAUUUUGAAGCCUGCGCUUUCUGAAUUGCUGCAGACUAAAGGCAGGUACCCCCUCCUUCCUGUUUGGGGUACUGGGACUCCGAUCCAGACUCGCUAUACCUCCAGUCAUUCUUGCUUUCUUCUGCCUUGUUUUGUUUGAUUUUUCUGAGACAGGUACUCACACUGCAGGCCAGGCUGACCUUUAACUCAAGGCCCUCCUUCCUCAGGCUCCUCUGUGGCAGGAUUACAGCAGGAUUACAGAUUAAGCUACUGCAUCCAGCUCCCUUGGUUUCUGAUGUGUCCUCAUGAGUUGAAUUUAGCUAACAUUUUGUUUGUGGAUUAACUCCACGAAGACCCAGGGAAAGUGCUAAAGAAAGCAUCCUAUGAGCCAAAGCAUUUAUCUCUUAGCAUUAUCCAGCACCACCCACCUUGUCCAGUUCUGGAGACCUGUGUCUGAAUCUUUAACUGUCCCCUUCAUCCCCAUCUGCUUAUGGUCUGCCACAGCAGGACCUUUAUAAGACUGGGCUGAAAUGCUCAGAGGGUCUUUCUGCCUCUGUUGAGCCUCCUGGCCUGCAAGAACAGAACCUGUAGAUUGCUUUUCUGCUCUGAUGACAGUUGCUUUUUGUCAUCUGUCAUGUGCCAUAUUAUUGAUGUUUCAGUGCGAUAAAUGACAUAUGACAGUGAGCCCGUAAGUCUACAGUGGAGCUGAAAUAUUCCUAUACGCCAGAUCGCUCAUGGUCACGGUGACAACAGGCCACCUGUGCUGCCGCUGCAUGAGAGCACAGCGCAUGCAGCUGUGCACAGAAUGGCUGAUGCAGGCCGCCAUUUUGUGUGUUCAUUACAUACUACCUGCUCAGAGUGCACUGCUAAGGCAUUAACUCCCAUGUGGCUGCAGGGAAGUCCUUCCCAAGGUACUCCAGAGGCAGGGCGGCCAUGGGGGCUGGCGUUUCUGUGCAUAUUACUGCCCUCUGAAGAUCACAGUAGAACAGACACAGGGGGAAGGCAGUGAUGAAGAUGACAAUCAUAAGUGUGUGAGCCUCAGCCAGUGUGUGUGUGUGUCUUAGUUUUUAAUAAAAAUUCAGAAAGUUUUUUAAAAAAUUGAAAAUAACUUGGAGGAAAUAUUUUUGUACUGUUAUACAGUGUAAAGUGUUGUUAUAAGUCAGUUAUAAAAAUUACAGUUUAAUAUAAAGGAGUUCUAUUCCGUAAGCUAAGGCUAUUGAACAUAGAGUAUUUUUAACGUGUUGCACAGGUUGGGAGCCUGAAAGCUUCCGCUUGUCUGUCCAGGUACACUGUCGGGUUUGCAUAAUGAACCUGCCUCAGCUCAUGACUCUGCUUCAUUCCUGAUCCUAACUGACUGCUGCUUUGGGCAUGGGGCAAGAGUCAAAUGUGGAUUCUCAAUACCUCUUCUUGAUAAAAGCUAUGCUACUUUCUGUGUGACCAAUGAAUGGCAUGUUUCUUUUUGUCCUUAGUAGUGAGCCUCUAACUCCUUUUUACUUUGUUUUCUUUUUUAUUGGUGUUUUGAGAAGGCUCUGUGCACACCUAGCUCCCCAUCUGCUAAGAAUGCAGAAGUAUAGCACCGUCUAUGAGCUUCCAGGUCUUGUACUCCUUUUCCUCAAGGUGGGUCUCCCCCGAAGACAACAGCUUCCUAUCUUUUCAGAUUAUAUAAAUAUGCAUGUUCAUUGUUGAGAAAUUAAAACAAAAUGAAAAUUGUGGAAAAAUACAAAAGUCAGUUGAAAUCUCCCCCUGCGACAACCCCUUGUUGUUUUGAGUGCCAACAUGGCUGCCCUGCACUGUUUUAGGGAGCAUGGUUCCUCUCUGUUCUCUCUGCCCUCCUCCUGUUGGGAAGAGACAAAGACAAGGGUCUAGGCAGCCUUGCAGGCAGGGCUCUGACAGAGUGACUUAAGGCCACCACUGCACACAAGUAUCAACAGUUACCUGCGUGGUCCUUAAGAAAGUCUCUUUCAGGUCCUUAGAAUGAACACAAGCAGCCAGUGAUGCAUUUGGAGAUCUGCCAAUAGACCGCCUUGAAACUUGUUUUUUCUUAAUAUAAAUUUGUUUACACACAUCUUUGAAUGAUUAAAAAUUUUGAAUGUCUGUAUUUUUGUUUUUCCCCACAAAAUAAAGAUGUUUUGUGCA